AUGUUUGUAAACGGUGAACGUUUUAUCACUUCUCAGUUCGAAAGGAUUAGUCUAAACAUAGACAGAAACAUGCAACCGAAAGCCGAUAGACCUGUGGGCCCGAAGAGCGAGCCUCCUCAACUACACCUGACUCCAUCAGGUGGAGCACAGAAACGGAAUGAAGCAUCACCACAACCUGGGAGCAACCCUUGGCUGCUGAAGCCACAACACGAGAUCCCGCCCACACCACCGCCACAAGCCAACCCCCAGCCCCUCGAAUUCUUCCCACAAAGGAUAGGAUAG